AUUUGACGAUGAACCGUGGACUUGUUAGUACGGUCCAAAAAAGUAUACAUUAUUCAACCGUGUGAUUAAUUGCUCCUGUACUGCUUUCAGCAGCGGCGGUGCAGCAUGUGCAGGACAGGAGUGUGCAAUCCGUAGACCGUAAGAUUUGACAAAUCCAAUGCGUUAUCGAUGGACUAAAACAAACCAGCGAGAAAUGCGCAGCGCCUAAUCCCGUGCAGACUAGCAAUAGAUAGUGGUUUUCGCCUCGCAAAUGGCAUCGUAAGGCAUCUGUGCGGCCGUGCUUCAGUUGGUCAUCGGCGAUCAAGGCACACCGCGCGUCGGCGAUGCAGCAGCGCAAGGCCAAGGUGCCCGCGGAGGGCGUCACGGAGCAGGAGGCGUCGCCGGCGGCCGUGCUGCCGAGGUCCGCGACGGCGCGCGACUUGCUGGAGGCAGAGGAGGCGGUGCACCCGUGCUCCGUGACGCCGCGGAAGAAGAGCAAGAAGAGGCCGGGGCCGGGCGCCGGUGAGAGGCGGUGCAGGCCGGUGGUCAACCUGUUGCUCGCCGCCGUCGUCGUGGCCGUGCCGCUGGCGGUCGUCUUUCUUGUCCACGGCGUCGGCGUUCCCGCGGUCUGGUUCGCCGCUGCCAGGGCCCAGCUGCGGCGAGGUUUCAGUCACGCCUCCUUCCCGUACGCGAGGAGCGCGCCGGACAAACUCCUCGGCGGCCUCCUAGCGGCCGGAGUCGACGAGAAAACAUGCCGCAGCAGGCACGAGGCCUCCGCGUACCGUCGGAACACGCCGCGGCGGCCUUCCCCGCACCUCGUCGCCAAGCUGCGACGGCACGAAGAGCUCCAGCGGCGGUGCGGCCCCGGCAGCGACGCGUACGGCCGGGCCAUCCAGCAGCUCAGCGCCGGCAGGAGCGCCGUCGACGCCGAGUGCAAGUACGUCGUCUCCGUCUGCAACCGCGGCCUCGGUAACCGCAUCCUCGCCGCCGCGUCGGCGUUCCUCUACGCGCUGCUCACCGACCGCGUCCUCCUCAUCGACCGGGGCAACGGCAUGGACGAGCUCUUCUGCGAGCCGUUCCCCGGCGCGACGUGGCUUCUGCCCUUGGACUUCCCGGUCACGGGCCUCGCCAACAUCACCGUCGACGCCGCCGAGACCUACGGCAACAUGCUCAAGAACAAGGUGCUCACGACGGACUCCACGGAGCCGACGCAAAUGCCGGCGUUGGCGUACGUCUACCUCGAGCACGACUACGGCGACAGCGACAAGAGGUUCUUCUGCGACGACGACCAGCAGCUGAUGUCCAGCAUCCAGUGGCUGGUGGCGAGGAUGGACACCUACAGCGUGCCGGGGCUGUUCCAGGUCCCGUCGCUCGCGGAGGAGCUCGCUGCGCUCUUCCCGGAGCGCGACGCCGUGUUCCACCACCUCGGCCGGUACCUCUUCCAUCCCGCCGACCACGUCUGGGGCCUCGUCUCGCGGUACUACCGCGCGUACCUCGCGCGGGCGGAGCAGCUGGUCGGCGUCCAGGUGCGCGUCUUCGAAAGCGAGCAGGGCAAGUCGCCGCACGUCCUGCAGCAGAUCACGUCCUGCAUGUGGAAGGAGAAGCUGCUCCCGGAGGUCCUCUCGGCCGGGGAUCCGGCUGUCGCCCCGCCGCCGGGCGCCGGGUCCAAGACCGUCCUGAUCACCUCGCUCACGCCGUGGUUCUACGAGCGCAUCAAGAGCAUGUACUGGGAGCAGCCGACGGCGAGCGGCGAGGACGUGGGCGUGCACCAGCCCAGCCACGAGGAGUACCAGCAGUUCGGCCGCAAGUCGCACGACACCAAGGCGUGGGCGGAGAUGUGCCUGCUCAGCCUCUGCGACGUGCUCGUCACCUCCGGCUGGUCCACGUUCGGGUACGUCGCGCAGGGGCUGGCCGGCGUCACGCCGUGGGUCAUGUACCGCCCGUUCAACUUCAGCGAGACGCCGGACCCGCCCUGCGCCCGGGACGUGUCCAUGGAGCCAUGCUUCCACACGCCGCCCAUGUACCACUGCAAGCUCAAGGAAACAAUGGACACCGCGAGGUCGCUGCCGCAUCUCCAGCGCUGCGAGGACGUGCAAUGGGGCUUGAAGCUCGUUCAAGAUCCCAAGUAGUAGCAGGCAGCAUUUACGCGGUUUCAGAAUCCAAACUCAAUCAAGGUAGUACUCCAUCGAUCUGGUCACUUUUGUAGUAAGACGUUUUAGAUGGAUCAGACAACUCCUAAAACAGUGCAAAAUCAGCUGCCUAAAACGCCUUAUAAGAACGAAAGGAGUAGUAGAAUCUAUAGAAUUUUACAUGGAUUUGGUCUGCGAAAA